AUGAGCCUGCACGACACGCCCAGGUACCGUCAGUCGCACGGUCAAGCAGCAGCUCGAGCAGACCACCUGUACGACGACCCGGCUCCCGCCCUUCAACCUCACGACCCUCGCGACCCGUACGUCGGCAACGGCUACCACGCCUCGGGAGCUGCGUACCGCUCGCGCUCACCCGAAGGCGGCACCUUGACCGCCUUGCUGUCCAACGUCGCCCGCACCGCCCAGCAAACCUUCUCGUCGUCGUCGUCGUCGAGCAACGGCGCCAUGCCGUUCAGCAACCGCAACGGCCACGGCCCCAACGGCGGCGCCUGGUCCAACUUCGUCCCGAAACUCGCGCCGUCGUCGUCGCCGGGGCCCUCGUCGUCGGCCCCGGCGUCGCUCGCGGCCUACCUCCCGUCGACCUCGACCGCGGGCUUCAUCUUCCUGUGCUGCCUGUGGUACCUCUCGUCGGCCUUCUCGUCCAACACGGGCAAAUCCAUCCUCACCCGGUUCCGGUACCCGGUCACGCUCACGUUCGUCCAGUUUGCGUUCGUCGCCGGCUACUGCGUCGUCGUCCUAUUUGUGCGCGAACGCCUCGGCGGCGCGACCGGCCACGCGAGCGGCGGCUUGUCGCGCAGGCGCAUGAGCGUCAGCACGAUGGGCGGUUGGGGCAUUCGCAAGCCGUCGCGCCACAUGUUCCACGGCACGUUCAUGAUGAGCCUGUUCCAGAUCGCCGGACACGUCUUUUCGAGCAUGGCCAUCGCGCGCGUGCCCGUCAGCACCGUCCACACGAUCAAGGCCCUCUCGCCCCUGUUCACCGUCCUGUCGUACGCGGCCCUGUUCGGCGUGCGCUACAGCACGGCGACCUACGUCGCCCUCCUCCCCCUCACGGUCGGCGUCAUGCUCGCGUGCUCGUUCGACCUGCGCGCCAACGCCGUCGGGUUCCUGUGCGCCCUCGGGUCGACGUUCAUCUUCGUGGCGCAAAACAUCUUUUCGAAGAAGCUCCUCCCCAAGGAGAACACGGGCGCCGUCUCGGCCGAGGAAAAGGCCGGGCCCUCGUCGUCGUCGUCCUCGGGCGAUGGCAGCGGUACGGGCGUCGCAGGGUCGGCCAAACUCGACAAGCUCAACCUCCUCCUGUACUCGUCCGGCAUGGCCUUCUUCCUCAUGAUCCCGAUCUGGCUCUACUCGGACGCGUCGGCCCUCUUCUUCGCGCCGGCCAAGGCCGUCUCGCCGCACGCGUCGGCCAUCGUCGACGACUCGCCGACAAGGACACUCGUCUUCUACUUUUUCGCCAACGGCACGGUCCAUUUUGCGCAAAACCUCCUCGCCUUUUCGCUCCUCGCGCGCACGUCGCCCGUCACCUACUCGAUCGCGUCGCUCGUCAAGCGCAUCGCCGUCAUCUGCAUCGCCAUCGUGUGGUCGGGCCAGCACGUGUCGCUCGUGCAGGCCGUCGGCAUGACGAGCACGUUCGGCGGCCUGUGGAUGUACAACCGCGCCAAGUCGGACGUCGACAAGGGCGAGAAGCGCCGCACCCAGGUCGAGAAGCGCCACGACAUGAGCCUCCCGACCACGGUCGGCGACGUGCGCGACCUCGACGGCGGCGUCACGCCCCCGCCGCCGUCGUCCCUGCCCUCGGGCGCGUACGCCGGCGGGCCCACGAGCCCUCGCGCCCCGGCACCGCCGCACGCGCACUCGCACCCGUACGGCGCCGACCCGUCGUCGCACCACGUCGUCGGCGCGUCGUCCGUGUACGCCUCGCCAGCGUUGGCGCCAUCCGCCGGCGGCGGCGGCGGCGGGCACGGCUCGCACGCGCACAACUCGCCGUACGCCGCCGCCGCCGCCCCGCCGCCGCAUCACGUAUCGGCGAGCGCGAGCGCGCACACGUCGCCCGGGGUCGCAGCAGGGCGGCACCCGAACGGCGGCAGCGGCCUCACCAACGGCUUCACGUCGUCGGGUGGCGGCGGCGGUGCGCCGAGCAGCAGCAGCAUCGGCGGCGGGCCGAGCAUGGCGCGCAACCGGACGGCGUCGGCUUCGCGCGAGCCGCCGCGGGAUCGGAGCGCGGUCGCUGCCAUGGAGCAGUGGGAGAAGGCGCAUGCGGGUGGCGGGGCGCACACGGUGCCGGCGUCGCUGUUCAGCUCGCCCGUGUCGGUCGGCGGCGAGGGCGCGUAUCGGUAG